UUUUUUUUUUUUUUUUUCCUUUUUUUUUUUUCUCUUUUCAGUACAUAUGGAAUUGAUUUCAUCUCUUUCCUUUUCCCAAACACAGUAUUACUAUAUAGUGUCAUGAGCUCCAUAAGGAUAUUAGAGGAUGGUCAAUGGCCUAACCCUACUUUUCAAGAACUAAACAGUAGCACGGUUACUCAUGAAACGGAAACAUUCUUAAAGGCCCCUCCACCUUCGCCUAGAGACAGUAACCCCUUUAUGUUAGAGACUGUUUUUUCAGACUGUUUAGCACAAAAGAUGAAUGCCAGAGUGAGUUCUAGUCAUGGUUUUGAUUUUUCGCAACAUACUCGGCUUUUGGAGAAACUCUUUCCAUCACCGUCGUUAAUACCACGCUAUCAUAACCAACGUAAUAAUAGUUGUGGUAGAAAUUUAAAAAGGACACCGUAUGUUAGACGUAGCUGUCUCCGCCAUUGUCAUAACAGCCACCGUUUCUGCUAUAGUAAACGAGCGUCCCGUAUUCCGGUUUUGUCUGCUAGACUGUUGACGAGUAACAUCAAUAAGAAAAAAAGGAUGACCGUACAACAACCACAAGAUGCAUUAAUCCAUGCGCUAGAUCAAAUUCAUAUUUCCGAUGCUAAAAACUACAAUGAUAGCGACGACCACAAUGAUAGUCUAGAAGGACAGUGCAUAGAGUUAAAGAGCUUGAACCACCAUGAAAACUGCGAAAGUGAAGACUUACUCGCACAAAAUUUAAACAGUAUGAUUCUCUAAAAAGGGCGAAUUGCUUUUUUAUUCAAACAAUUUGAAUGAAUCGAUUAUAUUCAAAUAGUUUUUCUUGUAAAUAUCAAUAAAAAGGGGCAGCGCUAAUGGCAUUUUUAUAUUCGUGAGUGAAGCGCUUGUUAGUGGAAAUGAACGAUG